AAAAAAAGUGACCGUUACAUUUUUCUCGCCCGAGUCCCUGCCCGCUCUCAAAAUGGCCACUGGACGUUGUGGGGGGCUGGCGGCACCCCGUUGGCUCUGAUGCGGCGGAGGGCAGGGAUCCGGAGCGGACCUCCAUCAUAAUCUGCGCGUCCACGUCUCCGGCCCGGCUCCUCCGGGUUUAAGGGGGUGGUGGUGGUGGGGGGGGGGGGGGUCAGCCAUGCAGGCCAACACGACGCGAGGCUUCCUGUGGUCGGACGUGGAGACGCGGACCUUGUUGAACAUCUGGGGGGAGCAGGACAUCCAGGCGGCGCUGGACGGAAACUUCCGAAACAGCUUCGUGUACCGAGACGUGUCCCGCCGGCUGGCGGCCACGGGCUUCGACCGGACCCCGGAGCAGUGCCGCGUGCGCAUCAAGAGCCUCAAGAGGCAGUACCUGCUGGCCAAGGAGGGCAACCUGCGGAACAACGGCCAGUAUCACAAGAUCUGCAAGUUCUACGACGCCAUGGAGAGGAUUUUAAGCAACCGGCCGGCCCUUGACCCCCGGGAGUUGAUGGACGGAGGAGGGGGGGCAGCGGAGGAGGCCGGGGAUGGGCUGGAGGAGGAUGGAGAGGAUGCUCAGGACGGCUACUCGGAAAGCAUGGGAGAGUGUCUUUACCCCGCAGAGAGCGAGGUCAAGCUGGAAUACCCAAACGUCCCCAUCCCGGUUCCGGUUAAAGUGACAGUGGGCAGUCACAGCUCCACGGUGAGGCCGCAUCACAGCGGUCAGUCGGCCGGGGGCCUGCCGGUCAGGACGCCCAAGCGUCCCCGGAAGCGGCGCUCCACCUUCCCCAUGGAGAGGCUGAUGGAGCAGUUCCUGCAGCAGAGCGCGCAGGCGGAGGACGCCUUCUACCGCGUGGAGGAGCAGCGGCUGGCGGCCGAGGACGGCCGGCGGGAGGCCGAGCACGCCCGGGAGCUGCACAUGCUCCAGAUGCUGGGCCAGAUGUUCUCCGCCGUCUCCUCUGCCGCCACCCCCACCAAGGCCGCCCCUCCGCCCCGGCCCCCGGUCAUUUCCUCCGCCUCCCUGUCGCACCACCUGGGCCCGUCCGGCCACGCCCGCCGCCCCUCGCCCCUGACCGACUGCCCGGGCCAGCAGAGCCGGCCGCAGAGCACAGAUCCCCAGACUUUAGGUAUUAGCGGCGGCGGCGCGCGAGGACCCGAGCUGGAGCCGUCGAGAGGGGGGGGGGGUCACUAUGGGUCGCCCGGCUGGGGGGCGGGGUCACUCGUGUUUGAGCGCUACUACAGUUUGGGCUCCUCGGCGCACAGAGGCAUGGACGAUGACCUCCCCUCACUAGUGAAGAGCAUAGUCCCUCCACUGACUUCCAAAAAGCACAAGGGGCAAGAUGGCCGUAUUGGGAUUAUUGGAGGAUGCCAAGAGUAUGUAAAACGAGCUGUCCUCAAUACAGAGCCGCUCAGCGGACCUCGGUGUGACUCAUACACUGGAGCUCCAUAUUUCGCCGCCAUCUCCGCACUGAAAGUGGGGGCUGACUUGUCCCAUGUAUUCUGCACCAAAGAUGCUGCUACUGUAAUCAAAUCCUACAGCCCCGAACUCAUAGUUCAUCCUGUUUUGGACAGUCCUCAUGCAGUGGAGGAAAUAGAAAAGUGGCUCCCAAGGCUUCAUGGACUAGUGGUGGGACCAGGUCUAGGUAGAGAAGACCUUUUGCUAAAAAACGCCAAGGAAGUCAUAGAAAGAUCCAAAGCAAGAGACAUCCCGAUAGUCAUCGAUGCAGAUGGAUUAUGGCUGGUUACACAGCAACCAUCUGUUAUCCAAGGCUACCCCAAAGGCAUCCUCACGCCCAACAUCAUGGAGUUCACCCGGCUGUACGAGGCACUGCACCACGAGCCCAUGAACAGCACUGACCUCAAGAGCAGUGUCCUGCAGCUCAGCGGGGCUCUGGGUAACCUCACUCUGGUGCUGAAGGGUGAACAGGAUCUCAUUACAGACGGCAGCAAGGUGUACUCGUGCAGUGUGGAGGGCAGCGGGAGGAGAUGUGGUGGACAGGGUGACCUCCUGUCCGGGUCCAUGGGAGUCCUGGCUCACUGGGCACACUCUGCCUCCACGGCAGGCCGGAUCAGAGGCUUGAAUCCGUCAGUGGUUGCAGCCUUUGGUGCCUGUUCGCUCACCAGACAGUGCAACAGCCAAGCGUUUCAGCGGCACCGCAGGUCCACAACCACCUCAGACAUGAUCCAGGAGAUUGGAACAGCCUUCAGGAAGCUGUUUGAAAGCUGAAAAAACUACAGCUCGUUGCAUAAAGAUCUAGAGUAAAUGUAUGAGCAGGCUUUUUUUUUUUAAUGGCCUUUUAGAUAUGGAGGAUUGUGGAUUUUCAA